UUUAUAUAUUAACAGAAGGAAUUUUACUGUUCACAUUUUGCUUUAUUGCACAAUCUUUAUUGUUUCUAUGCAAAAUUUCUCAAUUAAUUUGAUGGCCUGAACUGUACCUGUAAUUAACUGAACCUUUAAAUACAGUAAAAGUAACUUCAAAAAGGUGUCUGUCAAAUUUCUGUCUAUGACAACUUUGUAUUUAAAAAGCCUCUAGGCUGUAGUUUCAUACAUAUUUUGAACUUCAUAUUGUUUUGAGGUGUAGGGCAGAUAUUCAUAUUAAUUCAAGCUUUAUUUUAACUCGAAAUUACACUGAGGGACACCCCUUACUUCCAGUAUCGUCAAGAAAUAUCAGGGCACUGUUCAAGCAAUAGGUGACAACCCCACCCAGGACUCAAGCCAGUUGUGCCCCCCCAACCUCUGAAAUCAAAGUUUCGUCCCUGGUAACAAGCAUAAACUGACACACUGUCCCUGAACAUCCAAAACUGACGCAGGAGGGUACACAGCCUGUCAUAUAUAGACAUGUAGGUCCACUGAGAAAGCUGCAGUAUUUGACAAGUUGAGAUGAGAACGUGUUGGAAACCUAGUUGUCACAGUGUAUUGCAACAGGCAUAGACCAAAUAAUACGACAUAUUAUAAUUCUGAUUGUGUUUAUUUUGCAGCUUCAACUAAUACACCAGAUGUGUGGGUUCCUCCCAUGACGGAGGGACAACAAGCGUCAUUGUAUUGUAAGCCUUAUCGUGUAUGCUCUGGCAUUGCAAAUGUCUACUGGAAAUGGACAAAGGCUGGUGGACAAUUAAUACUUUAUGGUUCUUAUGGUAAUGGAAUGGGAAACAGCUUAACCCUCACUCCUACAGCAGAUGACCACAACACCAACAUCACAUGUGUGGCAGAUUAUGGUUCCGGUGUUCUUGAGACAACUGUCACCUUAGAUGUGAAAUUUUCCCCCAAAAUCCUAAACAGUUCCCAGUGCAUGGUUGAAGGAAAGCUCUUGGUCUGUGUGUGCAUCAGUCGGGGGAAUCCCCUGGCACCCAUCACCUGGCCUUCUCUCACAGACUUCUCAGUCACCAGCUCUAGCAGCAUCCAGACAGUGAACAGCAUCAUCACCAUGUCUGCUGCUGACUACCACAACACCAGUGUCAAAUGCAUCAGCAGCAAUGAACUGGGUCAGGCCGAGGUUGAAAUUCCACUCCAGAACUACACUGAAAACAGACCGAACUAUGAGUUGGAUUCAAACCACAGCUCUAAUGCAGUCCUCCCCUGGAUAAUCGCUGGUGUGUCUUUAAGUCUGAACCUGAUCCUCCUCACCAGCCUGAUCAUCUGCAUCAAACGCUACAGGGGUAAAAGUCAACAGAGGGAACUUGGUGAAGAAAUGAACACUUAUGCUUCCCUGAAUCAGCCAGAUGUUGGACAAGAAUACAGUGUUAUUUCUCCACGGACCAGGGGUGUAUCCAGGGAGGGUCCUGGGGUGGCACGGGACACACCUUAAAUUUCAUUGGUCACCCCAUGUGCCAAUUAUUAUCCCACAAUGUGCUAUCGACCUGGUUGGGGCAUAACCAUAGUUCAUAUUGUUGCUGUAUUGCAGAUUUGAAGUUCUGCACAAUUUUGUGAACACACGUUUAUUAAUUUUAAUUUUGUUUACGACUGAAGCUUUAAAUUUUAUUAUAUUUGUAUGGUGAUUAUGAUAAUUACUUUUAAAGUUCUCCUUUUCCAUGUUGAGACCCAUGUUUUCAGUCUUGGAGUUACGUUUUGCUUUCUGUAUCACGACUGUACAUGACUUUGACACUGACCAGAUGCUGGGCGGUCAAAUCACCAGGGUGGAAUUUACAUUUCACCUCAGAGAUAGUUUCCUAUCUUGUAUAUUAAAAGACAUUUUUAAGAGGUAUGAAAGUAACAGCUGAAAUACAUGGGGCACAGAUGCAACACGUCAGGUAGGCAGGGCGGAGCCAGGUUUUUAACCUGCUACACAGACUGUGUCUUUGUGGUGUGUGUGGUUGCUGCCAGCUUCACUGUGUGUGUAUUGAGCUUUGCCAAAUGAUAAUGCAGCUGGUUUGGAAGUGUGGCUAUAUUAACUGGUACUGAAUUAAUAAACUGGAUUGUUUUAUCUACAGGA